UUUGUGAGGCAGUCAAAGAUCCCGUCUCCUUAUAGCUGCUGUUGCUGCACAUUAAUAUGCUUCACCACCAGCUCCCUUUGCAGGCGGCCCAGCCAGCGUCUCGACUGCCACUCCACCUUCAUCCGAAUCCGAGCAUAGGGCGUUGCGAGCCCUAUGCAAAUCAGGGAUCGGAAUACCCGCCAAUGGGAGCCUGGUCGACUCCCACGGCCGCCAAUGGGAAGCGGCCGGCGGCCUGGGCUUGGAUUUAUAUCCGCUCGCGGCUGCGAGCAUUAUUGUCAUUGCAGCUGCGGGCGUCUGGCAGGGCGGAUCGGGCUCAGUGUGGUGGCCCUGGGACCGGCGCGGCGCCUCUCCUCCCGGCCGGCAGCCGCCGGGAUCGGCCCCUGCUCCCCGCGCGCCGCGUCCCCCCCGCCAUGUCCGGCCGAGGGAAAUCCGGCGGCAAAGCGCGAGCCAAGGCCAAGUCGCGCUCCUCCCGGGCCGGCCUGCAGUUCCCGGUGGGCCGCGUGCACCGGCUCCUGAGGAAGGGCAACUACGCGGAGCGGGUCGGGGCCGGGGCACCCGUCUACUUGGCCGCCGUGCUCGAGUACCUGUCGGCGGAAAUCCUGGAGCUGGCCGGCAACGCCGCCCGGGACAACAAGAAGACCCGGAUCAUCCCCCGGCACCUGCAGCUCGCCAUCCGCAACGACGAGGAGCUCAACAAGCUGCUGGGCGGGGUGACCAUCGCCCAGGGCGGCGUCUUGCCCAACAUCCAGGCCGUGCUGCUGCCCAAGAAGACCCAGAGCUCCAAGAAAUGAGCCCCGAGCCACCCGCGUUCCCAGGAAGUCAAUCGAUCCGCGAUGCGGUGCAGCCAACCUUGGCGUUCCCCUCGUAUCCUCUCCGUGUGCCCGCUCUCCCACCCCGGCCCCCCGAUCUCCCCCCCCCCCCAUUGCUGCCGGGGGGCACUGCCCUCCUGCCCCCCAUGUGCUAGCUUUGCAGUCCGGCAGCAGGGGAGGUCGUAGCUCUUAUUACAGAAUGAUAAUGAGCCUGUGAUUCUUUCUCUUCCUCUCCAGCCCCCAGCAGGGAGGGAGGUAUGAAACGAAGGAAGGAAGCAGUUUGAAUUUGAAAUAGUAAUAAUAAGAAUAAAAAAGCCCUUUCCCAGGGGCCAGCACCCUGCCUGGUGCUUCUAGGUUGCUUUCUGGACUGUUUGGCUGCAAAGCUAUCCUUCCAGGGUUGCUGGUCAACAACUCUGUUCUCAGAGCAGCAUCUGUGGGGUUGGUGGCUUGCUGUUCUGGACCUGCUCACAUUCCGUGGGAAGAAGUGUUUGGGAGAAGGAAGAAUUGGUUGGUUCUCUCCCUCUUCCCCCCCCUCCUUUUUUUCUUUUUCCCUUUGGGAAGGUGUAACUAACUGCAAGGGAAAAUAUUUUGCACAGUGAAAGCUCCAGCCUGGAGCAGGAAGAGACUGGGCUUGGUCAGUGCUCUUUUUAUUUAUGUUGUGUUUGUGGAUGUAAUGGAAGAUACCAUGCGUUUCCUUUGUAUUCUACCUGGAUAUUGUUUGGGGGUGGGAGAGUCAUGGAGGGUGAUCUCUUCCUAUUGCUUAACUUUUGCACGAAUGAUCUACUUUACUUUCUCACCUUGCUCCAUGCAGGAGGUAGGGAAGUUGAGGAGGGUGAUAAUUUUACCUGUUGUUGCUGCACAUCCCCAUAAAUGUGAUCAGAAAUGGACUUAGUAAGUACAAGGAGGGUGGUGAGGCCAGGAGACUUUUUUCACAUUUGGAAAGUAUCUGUUUCUGGGAGGAACUAGUCAUUCAGAUACCAAGUCUUGUUUUGUCCAGUGGUAUAAGCGAAGAUGUCAUCAACUGUAAAAGAGCCCUAACUUGGGUCUCCGGUUACGUUUUGAAUCCCUUCUUGCAAAGUCACCUUAUUGUAGCUGUUUGGCUGAGUUCAUGCACUCAGUGGACUAGUAGGAUUAGUUAUUUCUCAUUAGUGUGGUCCUGUAUGGUUUGGGGGAAAGGGUGCACUUGAAAAUACUCUAAAAGAGCAUUACAAGGUCAUGAGUUGACCGUUGGCAGGGAAUGGAAGCUGCCAUUGGUCGUCCCCCCCUCCCUUUUUUUUUUUCUUGAUCCGAUUAAUAGCUUUAUGUUGCAGAACCUUAUUUUUAUUGAGAACUUAGCACUUGUACCCUAAUUGCACUUUAUAAUGACAUGCAGUGUUUUUGUUCAUCACUACUUCUGGUUCUUAAAAUGAAGUGCUAGUUAUGCAUCUGUUAACUGUAGUCCUCCUUAAUGGAUUAAUGUUUCUUUUUUUAAAAACCUAUAAUUUACAUAAAGCAAAUAUAUAGUUAAUGUGGUGGUUAUUAAAUGGCUAUUUGGAUAAUGUAUGAGCAUGAAAGUCAGCCUAGCAGUCCCUGUGACACAUAGUAGCUGUGAUCUUAUAGAAAUUGGUAUAAAGAGCAAUCUUGUUCCUUAUUGUGAGGGCAGCUUGUUUAUGUGGAAGGUUGAUAGAAUCAUGUGCAUGUAGCAGUGUCUAGGCUGUUGGACAGUAGAACUUCAUAAUCUUAUUAAAGUGCAAUGGACAACUGUGUCUGUGCUGUAAGUAGCAUGUGUUCCACCUAUCAAAUCAGCUCUUAAUUUUGUAGAUGAAGUAACUUGCUCUAAUUCAGUUAUAUUCUCUAGAAUAGAUGAAUUUGGAUGCCUGUAAGUGGUUUUAUGAAGGGGUUUUUCACUCCAUUGUAGAAUGUGGAAAAGGUAUGUUACUAGAGUAUUGAUUAGUGAUAAUGGAGAAGUAAACUUGAUAUGACACUGGCUGUCUGGGAUAUUCUGUGGUUUCACCCCUCCUCAGGCCUGGGGGAAACCGUUUUGUUUCUGGGCAGCUGUAUCUUACUGCUGUUGCAUGGGACCAACUUGGAUUUUUUCCUUCUGUAAACUGAGCAUUAGGCCAUACUGGGGUGGAUGAGGGAGAGAAUUAGGUAUUUUUCUUUAUAUACAAAUCACUGUUUAGAGAAUGGAGAUUCUAAAAUGUCUCUAUCUUAGUGUCUUGUGUUCUUUUGUUUCUCUAGGACCAGCAUUCUGUACGACUCAAAGGAGAUUGCUUUGUAUUUCUUAGAAAAUGCAGAACUUGUGAUACUGAAAAAAAGAACAAUGCAAACCCAAAAUCUGAUUAAACUGGUUCAGUAUUGAA